AUGGCCCGCCCUCGCCUCUCCGUCCUCUCCGGGCUGUGGAGCCUCUCUCCCGGCUGCAGAGCUGUCACCACGGCCGCCACCGGGAAGAGGCUGAAGACCGUGGAGGAUCUCCCGGGCCCCAGCUUCACCAAGACCCUGCAUUGGCUCCUGUUCAAGGGCUACGCGGACAAGAGCCACUUACUGCAGGACGUGCAGAAGCAGCUGUACGGUCCCCUGUGGCGCUCGCGCUUCGGUCACUACGACCUUGUGAACGUAGCGUCGGCUGAGCUCAUCUCCCAGGUGAUCCGACAGGAAGGGAGGUAUCCAGUCCGAGCUCCGCUACCGCAUUGGAAAGAGUACAGAGACCUGAGGAACCAGGCCUACGGACUACAUGUGGAGACUGGUUCAAACUGGCACCGCCUGCGCAGUGCUCUGAACCCAAAGAUGCUGAAGCUGCAGGAGGUGCGGCCGUACGCUGCUGUGAUCCAGGAGGUGGUGGACGACCUCCUGCAGAGAGUGGAGGAGCUGAGGAGGAGGAGCCCAGACUGCACUGUGCCCGACAUGGCAGGAGAGCUCUACAAGUUUGGCUUCGAAGGCAUCUCCUCGAUCCUCUUCGAGACCCGGUUGGGUUGUCUUCAGGAGGAAGUCCCCACAGAGACUCUGAAGUUCAUCUCAGCAGUGAACGACAUGCUCCUCCUCUCCAACACGGUGGCGCUGUUUCCUCGCUGGACUCGCCGCUUCCUGCCGCACUGGGACCGCUUCGUGAAAGCCUGGGACGACAUCUCCACUGUGGCUCGUGGUCUGAUCGAGCGGCGGAUAUCGCAGCUGGACUCUCGCUCUCUCUCAGACGGACUCUAUCUGACCUACCUCCUCUGCAACAACACUCUGAGCCGAGAGGAGGUCUUCACCAGCGUUACAGAGCUGCUGCUGGGAGGAGUGGACACGACCUCCAACACUCUGUCCUGGGCCCUGUACCACCUCGCUCGGGACCCCAGAGCGCAGCAGCGUCUGUGGGAGGAGGUGAGGAGCGUGUGUGCAGAGGAGAGGCCCUCGCUCCAGGACCUGACCCAGAUGCCCUACCUGAAGGCCGUGAUUAAAGAGACUCUGAGGUUGUAUCCCGUGGUUCCAGGAAACGCUCGAUAUGUGACGGAGAACGAUGUGGUUCUGGGAGAAUACUGGUUUCCCAAAGAGACUCUGUUCCACCUGUGUCAUUACUCGGUCUGCCACAGUCCAGAUGAGUUCCCGGACCCAGAGUCCUUCGUGCCUGAGCGCUGGCUGCGGUCUCUGCCAGGGCUGCGGCCUCAUCACCCCUACAGCUACAUCCCGUUCGGGGUCGGGGUGCGCGCCUGUGUGGGGAAGCGUGUGGCCGAGAUGGAGAUGUACUUUGCCCUGGCGCGGUUGAUGCAGCGAUACCAGGUGCUUCCUGAAGAGGGUGCUCCUGCCAUUGAGCCAAAAACCCGGACUUUGAUGAUCCCUGGGUCUGCGGUCAACCUGCGCUUCCUGCCGCGGGCCUGA